AUGGAGCAAUACGAGCGCGCGGCUGUUGAUCCGCUCGAGGGGCAGACGGAGCAGGGCGGGGAGGAUCCCGCUCCGUCGGCGGCUCUCGCCGGCGCCAAGGAGGGCGAACAGGAGCGCGUCCCCGAGACGCACAAUCCCGUCGGCGCCGCCGCGUCGGAGGGCGCCAAGAAGCAGGAUCUUGAGGUGAUUGAUCGAUGGUGGUUCGGAGCGGCGGGCGACCGAAAGAGCGGAAUGCUCUGUUUCUUGACGUUCUUGUUGGUUCUUUCUUUGGCGCAGGAACCUUCGCCGGAGUCCGAUGAGGCCGCGGCCGCGUCUGCCAACAUCAAGGGCGAAGACCGCGAGGCGUUCGAGGACCCUAUGGAGACUCACUUCGAGUUCCGAUCAGCGGCUGCCGACGCGACGCCGCCGUACAACUCCCUCCGCGCACGGUCAAGGAAGCAGGCCGGGCCGACGAAGUUCGUCGCCGUGGGAGCUCCCGACGGUGCCGGCUCCGAGUCGCCUGUUCUUGGCGCGUCGUCGUCUUCGGACUUCUCUGCGAUGGCCGCGCCCGGCGCCACGGUGGCGAUCGCGCACGCCUCGCCGCCCGACACCAAUCGCCGCCUGCCGUCGCGAAGCAGGAAGCAAUACUCCCCGGAGCGCAUCGCCUCCGCGGGGGCAUCAACUUCGGCGGGCGCACCGGCCGCAGGCGACCCAGCUCCCCCUGCUCGAGGCAGGAAGCAGCCCCGGCCCGAGCACUUCAUCCCGGAGGAGGCGGCAGCUAUGGCCGGCGCCAAAGCUCGCCGGGGCAACAUCGUCCUCGACAGGUUCCUCUCGUCUACUAUGGCCCGCGGCUCCUCGGCUUCGGAUUGGGUGAGGGACGUCACGGCGGAGGACGCGGGCCAGCCCGAGCGCCCGCGCGGCAUCGAGAGCUUCAGGAUCAGGGACGCGAGCCGCCACGCCGCCCGCGCCUGCGGCCUACGCGCCGCGAUCAGCCGCCUCGGAGCCUCGUGCGGCGGCGCAUCGUCGCCAUCCCCGGCGGCGCCAGGAGAACCCGAGGGGAGCGGGACCAGGAGGCUCUACGGCAUCCUCGCCGUUCUCGGCGCUUCUCUUGCGCUCAGCGUGGCGUCCUGCGUGCUGUUCUACAUCGUCGGUCAUAGCAGCGAGGCUGCUCCCUCCGGAGAGAACCAGGACAAGUGA